ACUUGCAAAGAGAGAGGGUGGCGCUCUUCGUUCUGGUUCCAAUCCUCAUUUUAUCUCUUCUUUUAACACGUAUGGACCCAGAACUUAAUCAAGCAUCUGACCAAUUAUACAAGACUUUAGUUCUGGGUUAUCCGAGAUUAAAGAGUGAGUGAAUAUGAAUGUACUGUAUCACAAGAGAAUAAAACACUAAUAUGUUUUCUUCCGAUUGGCUGGCUGGUGUUGCUUGGUGGGCCAGUCGAGUGGAUUUAAGGAUGGCUGGUUUGGCUCCUCCCGCUGCCUCACGCCUCACCCUCCUGCUGCUGACCAUAAUGGCCAUGACUCUGGUGACCUCCAGCUACCCUCAGCCAUGCCUCCGACCCAUACACAGAGGCACCCCUCCAGGCGAUUCAGGAGACUCCAACAAGAGGGAGGAGUGGGAGGUUCUCUGGCCCUCCAUCUCGCUCCGUGAUUGGAGCAUUCAGAUGAUGUCAGCCCAAGACCUUGGUGCGGCCAAGAGCAAGGCAGAGCUCCUGGGGGAGCAGUGGCUCCCAAUGGUGGGCCAGUCGCAGAUGGACGAGGACAUGGCCAAUGGCUGGCUGGGUGACUGGGCUCUGCAUGAGGAGAAGAGGAACAUCGUGGUGGCAGAUGAUGCAGUGUUCAGGGAGAAGAGUAAGCUGUUAACCACCAUUGAGAGACAGAAGUGGCUUAUCUCCUAUAUGCAGAAACUUUUUGGUCGUCAACUCCCAGUAGUAAGAUGACUGCUAAGCCUGUACAUAAAUAACGUACCCUGAUUUCAACAAAACAAUUCAUAGCGUACCCUGAUUU